UUUUCUAAACUUUGUACAUACAGGUAGGUAGCUUGUUGAUACUCCAGGUUUAACCCGAUUUCUUCAAGUUAACUUGUGACUAAUAUCGAGCGAUAUACAGCUCAAAAGACGCCGCAAUCGAGUUCUAGAACUAACCUAUCUCCUUGAGCUCCGGUAUUUUAAGAUUCUACCGCAGGAUCGUCCGCUGACGUCGACCGAGAGAUUUUGUUCAGUGACGUCUCUCACACCCCCAGGCAUACAAGGGAAAUCUUUGGCUAGGCUUGCGUAGAGUUCUCUUCAAAACGCUUGCAGUGUAUCAAGGAGAGAUCGAAGAUUGAAUUGGUGCUUUUGGUAUCAUGUCCAUCACCCCAACGAUACCCGAUACGCGGGUUCUCGCCGUGGCAAGCCAUGUUGUCUCUGGGUAUGUUGGUAACAAGAUUGCCGUCUUUGUGCUACAAUCUUUGGGAUGUGACGUCGCAGCUCUCAACACCGUACAGUUCAGCAACCAUACCGGCUAUAAGCAAUGGAAGGGAACGAGAGUUUCGGCACAGGAGAUCAUGGAUCUUUGGGAAGGACUAAAACAGUCGUACCUGGAUGAUUUUGACGUGAUGCUUUCUGGAUAUAUCCCAGGCGCUGAAGCCGUCGACACGGUCGGUAAGAUAGGCCGAGAACUUAAGGAAAAGUCAAUGCAAACACCUGGCAAGUUCUUCUGGGCUCUCGAUCCGGUUAUGGGUGACAAUGGAAAGAUAUACGUCUCUGAGGAAGUUGUGCCAGCAUACAAGAGGCUCAUCCAUGAUGCGGAUCUGAUUCUUCCAAACCAGUUCGAGGCCGAGCUACUUUCCGAAGUCAAAAUCCAUGACAUGGACAGUCUCCGAAAGGCUAUCCAAGUACUCCACGACAAGUACAAGAUUCCUCAUGUCGUCAUUACUUCAGUCAACCUUGAGGCGCCAGACCAUCCGCCUUCGCAUCUCUCUGUCGUUGGUUCAACUAUGACAACUACUGGCAAAGCUCGCUUUUUCAAGAUUGUCUUCCCAUCAAUCGAUUGUUAUUUCAGUGGCACAGGCGACAUGUUUGGCGCUCUUAUGGUAAUCCGCAUGCGUGAGGCUGUCUUCAACGCCGACGAGCAGGUGCGACAUAGCGCCAGCUGGCUUAGCGACGAUUCUGUAUCGGCUGCUGAACUACCCCUUGCACGCGCUGCAGAAAAGGUCCUGGGCAGUAUGCAUGAGGUUCUGUCUAAAACCUGCGAGGGCAUGAAGAGGGUGGUUGAACGAACAACGGGCGACAUGAAAGAUGAGGAUCGAAUUGACCAAACCAAGGCGCAUCUCGUAAAGAGCAAGGCGGCAGAGCUUCAACUUGUGAGGAAUCUGGACUGCUUACGCUCGCCCGCGACGCAAUACCAUGCGAAGGCAAUUUAGACCGGGG